AACAAUACUUGUUCCGGGAAUCAGCUGUAGCAGUUAGCAAGUGUAGCUCUGCUAACUCAGCUAGUGUAUAAUUACUAUUGGUGAUGUUUUAGCUACGAAUAUAGAGAUUCGUCAUGUGUAUUAUGUUGAUCUGAGCGGAUUGUGAGGUCACCAGCAGCUCUGACCAGGUUAUGUGUGAGUUAGCUUAGCGUGCUAGUUGUGUGAUGCUAGUUUGUGCUACUUCCUGUUUAUUUUACUGUGAGGAAACGCUGGAUUUAGUGACACUUGUGAAGCAGCUCUGUGUCAGACUGAACCAUUAGCUAGUGACAGCUAUUCAGCUGAUGAGAAUGUGAGGAAAUACAAAUUAUUAUUAUUGCUGAGUUGAGAUAUAAACCACCAGCCUGAAGAUGCCUGGAGUGUCUACAGGAGUGAAGGAGCUUUAUCUGUCCACCUCACUGGGAGAUCUGAACAAAAAGGCCGAGAUCAAGCCGGAUAAAGCCAGCACCAGGCAUUAUGUUCAGAGUGCAUGUAAACUCUUUAAAGCAGCAGAGGAGUGCCGUCUGGACCGAGACGAGGAGAAAGCCUACGUCCUGUACAUGAAGUACCUGACUGUCUAUGACCUCAUUAAGAAGAGACCGGACUUCAAACAGCAACAGGACUACUUCCUGUCCAUGCUUGGGCCAUCGAGCUUUAAGAAGGCCAUCGAGGAGGCGGAGAAACUCUCUGAGAGUCUGAAGUUCAGGUAUGAAGAGGAGGAGGUGCGGAAGAAGCUGGAAGAGAGAGAUAAGCGAGAGAAGAGAGAGGAGAAGGAGAGACGAGAACAGAAAGCAGAAAACAACAAGGGACGAGUGUUGGCCAAAGGCCUGGAGAACAGAAAGGAUAGCAAAAAGGUUAAAGAACAGAACGAGCUGAAGAGUGUGUCCCAGAACUCAGCAGCACCCCUGAGUGGAGGGAUUAGUGCUCAGCAGUUGUACACCAUGAUGAAGGACCCUAACCUGAGUGUGUUAGUGAUGGACACUCGAAAACAAGCCGACUUUGAGGAGUCACACAUGGCAGUGCCCAAUCAGAAGUGUAUCAGUGUUCCUGAGGAGGCCAUCAGACCUGGGAUCACAGUGAAUCAGAUUGAGUUGAAGCUGCCAUCAGAGACUCUUCCUCAGUGGAAACAGCGUGGCUUUGCUGAUUACAUCGUCCUGCUCGACUGGUUCAGCUCCAUAACAGACCUGAAACUGGGCUCGACUUUACAGAGCCUGAAGGAUGCACUGUACAAGUGGGACAGUGUGACUAUCCUGCGCACAGAACCUCAGGUUCUAGAUGGAGGUUAUGAGAACUGGCUGCUUUGUUAUCCGAUGUUCACCAGCAACGCCAAGAUCAAACCCCCACGGCAACAAACACAACCCCUGGUACCAGAGUUGAAUUUCAGCUACCCGUGUCUGGAGGAGACUCCAUCCGAACCUCCAAGUGUGUGUGUGAGCGAUGGUGUGGAAGACGUACAAACUAAUGGCACCGUAGAUGCUGACACAAACAACAAGACUGCUGCUCCUGAUAUAAACAGUAGCACACACACUCCCUCACUAAGCACUCAGCCAACACCAAGUGUGUCCACUGUGCCGAGUCCAAAGCAGCCUGCAGCUACAACAAAGACAAUACCACAAUUCGACAGAUCAACCAAGCCGGUUGUUAAACCCUCAGUAAGUGGAAAGGCGAGCCCUGAGGGUGUGGCCAAAGAGGACGGGGCCAAAGAAGUUGUGGGUAAAGAUGUGUCCGUUUCCACGGUGACCGACGGCCCGGUGAUUCCAGAUCGUUUAGCUAAGCCGAACCUAGCGGAAAAGAAAGGGAGAGAGGAAGAAGAGAAACGCCAUAAAGAAGAGGAGGAAAUUAAGAAGAAGGAAGAGGAGGAGGAGAAGGAGAAGAAGAGGAAACUGGAGCGGCAGAAGGCGGAAGAAGAGGAGGAGAAAGCAGACGGAGGAGACGAGAAAGGAAAGAGAGGAGUGAAGGAUCAGGCGCUGGACGCUCAGCUCAAGAGCAUGUCUCUGGAUUCUCCUCUGCCUCACGACUACUUCCUGUCCAUGCUUGGGCCAUCGAGCUUUAAGAAGGCCAUCGAGGAGGCGGAGAAACUCUCUGAGAGUCUGAAGUUCAGGUAUGAAGAGGAGGAGGUGCGGAAGAAGCUGGAGGAGAGAGAUAAGCGAGAGAAGAGAGAGGAGAAGGAGAGACGAGAACAGAAAGCAGAAAACAACAAGGGACGAGUGUUGGCCAAAGGCCUGGAGAACAGAAAGGAUAGCAAAAAGGUUAAAGAACAGAACGAGCUGAAGAGUGUGUCCCAGAACUCAGCAGCACCCCUGAGUGGAGGGAUUAGUGCUCAGCAGUUGUACACCAUGAUGAAGGACCCUAACCUGAGUGUGUUAGUGAUGGACACUCGAAAACAAGCCGACUUUGAGGAGUCACACAUGGCAGUGCCCAAUCAGAAGUGUAUCAGUGUUCCUGAGGAGGCCAUCAGACCUGGGAUCACAGUGAAUCAGAUUGAGUUGAAGCUGCCAUCAGAGACUCUUCCUCAGUGGAAACAGCGUGGCUUUGCUGAUUACAUCGUCCUGCUCGACUGGUUCAGCUCCAUAACAGACCUGAAACUGGGCUCGACUUUACAGAGCCUGAAGGAUGCACUGUACAAGUGGGACAGUGUGACUAUCCUGCGCACAGAACCUCAGGUUCUAGAUGGAGGCUAUGAGAACUGGCUGCUUUGUUAUCCGAUGUUCACCAGCAACGCCAAGAUCAAACCCCCACGGCAACAAACACAACCCCUGGUACCAGAGUUGAAUUUCAGCUACCCGUGUCUGGAGGAGACUCCAUCCGAACCUCCAAGUGUGUGUGUGAGCGAUGGUGUGGAAGACAUACAAACUAAUGGCACCGUAGAUGCUGACACAAACAACAAGACUGCUGCUCCUGAUAUAAACAGUAGCACACACACUCCCUCACUAAGCACUCAGCCAACACCAAGUGUGUCCACUGUGCCGAGUCCAAAGCAGCCUGCAGCUACAACAAAGACAAUACCACAAUUCGACAGAUCAACCAAGCCGGUUGUUAAACCCUCAGUAAGUGGAAAGGCGAGCCCUGAGGGUGUGGCCAAAGAGGACGGGGCCAAAGAAGUUGUGGGUAAAGAUGUGUCCGUUUCCACGGUGACCGACGGCCCGGUGAUUCCAGAUCGUUUAGCUAAGCCGAACCUAGCGGAAAAGAAAGGGAGAGAGGAAGAAGAGAAACGCCAUAAAGAAGAGGAGGAAAUUAAGAAGAAGGAAGAGGAGGAGGAGAAGGAGAAGAAGAGGAAACUGGAGCGGCAGAAGGCGGAAGAAGAGGAGGAGAAAGCAGACGGAGGAGACGAGAAAGGAAAGAGAGGAGUGAAGGAUCAGGCGCUGGACGCUCAGCUCAAGAGCAUGUCUCUGGAUUCUCCUCUGCCUCACAAUGCUGUCUCAGAUAUAAAGCGGGAACCUCUCACCCGUGCUCGGAGUGAGGAGAUAGGACGGGUGGUGCCUGGUCUGCCUGAAGGCUGGAUGAAGUUCCUGGACACGGUCACUGGGACGUACCGCUAUUAUCACUCCCCCACCAACCGUGUGCAUCUUUACCCCCCUGAGGUCACGCCUCCUGCCACGCCUCCAGCCACGCCCUCCAAGCCCAAACCCCAUGCUGGGACUUCAGAGAAGGAGAAGGAAAAGGAGAAGGAGCAAGACAGAGAGAGGGAGAGAGAGCAGUCCAAACUGAAACGCUCGUACUCCUCUCCUGAUAUCACCCAGGACCUGAACGCAGAGGCAGCCAGAAAACCCACACCUACACCCACAGUGAACAGAGAAACCAAACCCGUGACUGCCACUUCCUACGCUAAAGCCGAGAUCGCUCGUCCAUCUGCUGCUAAGAUCCGAACCAUGAACCCAGUGUUCGGCGGAAUGGGUCCGUGUCUAACAGGUCUCCGUAAUUUAGGGAACACCUGCUACAUGAACUCCAUCCUGCAGUGUUUGUGUAACACUCCUUUUAUGGCUGAUUACUUCAACAGGAACCGUUACCAGGACGACAUCAACAGGUUGAACAUCCUGGGCCAUAAGGGCGAGGUGGCCGAGGAGUUCGGUGCCAUUAUGAAGGCUCUGUGGUCGGGUCAGUUUAAAUUCAUCAGCCCUCGAGACUUUAAAAUCACCAUUGGUAAAAUUAAUGACCAGUUCUCUGGCUAUGAGCAGCAGGAUUCUCAGGAACUUCUACUGUUUCUGAUGGACGGCUUACACGAGGACCUCAACAAGGCAGACAACCGUAAGCGAUGGAAGGACGAGGUGUGUGAACUAACGGACGACGUGGGCGCGGCGGAUUGGGCGUGGCAGAAGCACAAGCUGCUGAACGAAUCGAUCAUCGUUUCACUGUUCCAGGGUCAGUUUAAAUCCACACUGCAGUGUCUGACGUGUCACCAUCGCUCUCGCACCUUCGAGACCUUCAUGUACCUGUCACUGCCACUCGCAUCGUCCUAUAAGUGCUCUCUGCAGGAGUGUUUGAAGCUCUUCUCUAAGGAGGAAAAGUUGACGGACAACAAUAAGGUUUUCUGCCCACACUGUAAAGCCCAGAGGGAAUUCACUAAGAAACUGGAGAUCUGGAAAGUUCCACCCAUCCUGCUCAUACACUUAAAGCGGUUCUGGUAUGAGGGCAGGUGGAAGCAGAAGCUCCAGACCUCAGUUGAUUUCCCUCUGGAGAAUUUGGACCUGUCUCAAUACGUCAUUGGGCCAAAAAGCAGCCUAAAGAGAUACGGGCUGUAUGCAGUGUCUAAUCAUUAUGGAGGUCUGGAUGGAGGUCACUAUACAGCGUACUGUAGAAAUGCAGGUCGUCAGAACUGGUUUAAAUUCGACGAUCACGAGGUAUCAGAAAUCUCCGCCUCCUCGGUCAAGUCGUCCGCUGCCUACAUCUUCUUCUACUCCUCUCUCUGAGGCCACACCCACCUGGACCACCACCAAGUGCACACUGACCUGAGAGCGGUCAGAGCUGCUGUGGGUGGAGCUUAAAGGCCCAACUGAAGCAGCUGAUGGAGGAGUUUCAGUGAGAAUAUGAAAGAUGUCAAAGUUUCUCUCUCUCUCUCUCUCUCUCUGUUGUGAAAUCUGUUAUUCUUGACCAUACUAAAAGGGGCGGAGCUUUCUCCCUCCAUUGUUUUGCCUUCGGACACUAAUGACAUUUGGGACGCAGCCGAGUGCAGUUUGUUCUUCCGCUUUUGAGAAUGAACUCAUGAGCUCAUGUACAUAGCGCUAACGGAGACACACCUGACGUCACCUGUCCGUCUUCACCACACCGAUCCACUCAGUUCCCUUAAUAUAAGUCCCAAAUGAUUCCUUAUUACAUAUAGAGUAUAACCUACGACACUUAAACCCUAUAGUGGAUUUAACUUCCUGUUUCCUUUUAUAGGGGGAUGGAAUAUUAACAACAUGAGCCCUUAUCCUAUGCACUGCAUGUACAAUCCACAGUCAUUUUUACCUUCUACAUAGUGCACCGUUUGUCCUACAGAGGUCAGUGACUCUCAGAUAGCGACUGACCCUGUGGAAGCUCCGCCCAUCUCCCUCUGUAAUCUGACUCCACAUCGUUCCUAUUCAGAAUAACAGUUCUGCUGAUAUAAAUAAACUACUUUAGGUUAUAAGAGCUUUAAUUAGCACAGGAAUGUGAGAAUAAGCCAAUAUCAGGAUCGGUGUGUCCUCAUUAUUCUGAGCCUGUAAUCAUGUUUUUGUUAUUAACACACAGAGCUGAGCUCGUUAACUCAUUAUGUCUCAUUAUCUUGGCAUUUAUGUAUUCGUCUGUAAGUCCUUCGUCAGUGUCUCUUCCUGCUCCAUGUUUAUAAUCUAAUGCAGUAACACACACACACACACACACACACACACACACCCCUAAACAUUCGGUACACUAUAACAUUUAUUUCUCUCUAUAUAUAUAUAAAUGAAUGCACAGUUAAGUCCUAAAGUCCACCUGCAGUCACGAUGACACGUCACUAAGAUGUAAAUCUGUGAGGAAGAUAAAAGACCCAACAGGAAGUUUCUUAGUUUCCUUAGUUCUGCUGCAGGACCCUAAAAUAUCUGACUCAGUGCUGCGGAUCAGCUGAGGGACCAUGAUGAGGUUUAUAAUACUGAGUGUUAGUGCACUCAGACCGGAGGACCUGACUGUAGCAUCAGCUAUAAAUCUCACCCCCACACACACACACACACACUCAGGGGGCAGGGCUUGUUAAGUCCCACCCACUCUGUACAUUUUAGUAAUGUCAGGUGCCGCUGAUCACUCUUUAAUCUCACACACACACACACACACACACACACACCUGCUGGAUUUCUCAGUGUUAGCCGGUUAACUACAUCUGAGUUAAAAAGGUCCACUGACUGAUCCGUCUCUGUGAAAAUAAAACUAAUCAAACACA